UCUGUCUUCCCGUCCGUUACUCAACAAUGAUUAGUUGGCACGUUGCGCUUAAUAUAGAGAGUAACUUGUGUGAUGAAAUGAGAGAGAGAGAGGUCUGAACUCUGAAGAAGAGCUGCAGAGCAGACAGACCAUCAGCGAAGCUCAAUGGGCACUUGUGUGAGCACAUGCUACCCCUGCUCGUCUUCCCCUCCCGCCUCCGGCGACGACCACCCAAUGUCCUUGUCCGGCGGCUCCCCGACUCUGGGCGCCACCGCCGUGCACCCGCUCCCGCUCACUUCCGGUUCUCCCGCGCCCACGCCCACCGCCUCCACAUCAACCUCCUCCUCCUUCUCCUUGAUGUCGGCCGCAAGCUCAUCCAUCUCCAUGGCCAGCACCACCACCACCACCUCCUCCUCCUCCUCGGCUACCACUAGCUAUUCCUCGCCGUCGUUGUCGUCGGGGCCUCGCUUCUCGGCCGAGUUCCUCAAGGCCCGCGCUUGCAGGGACACGGACGUGGAGACGGAGGUCGUGGUGCUCGACCCCAACAUCAACAGCAACAGAAAGAAGAGGAAGAAGCUCUCCCCUGCCUCCGCCACUCCUCGUCCGUCCUCGCCAAGAACGCCUCCGGCUCUGUCCGUGGUCAGGUCCCCAAGGAAGAACAAGCCUGGCAACAUCACCGGCCGCCGCGCAAGCACAACUCCGACGACGGCGGCGAGGCGCGUGCGGCCGCUUCCCCCUCGGGCGCCGCCUGCAGGGGCAGGAGGCUCGGCGUCCUGCGGGAGGAAGAGGCCUUCUUCGCCUUCGUGCCGAUCGGCAGAUUCAGCUGGGAGGAGGAAGAGCGCCAGGGCAGCGGCGGCCGCCGGCGGCGCUGGCGGAGAAUUGAGAAACAAAGAGCACAGGACAACUUGACGCCAGGCAGAACCAAAAAGAAAAACAAAUUGACUAUUUGAGCAAGCAAUGAAAUGUACCGGUAUUCUUACCCACAUCAGUUCAAAUUCAUGGACUUGUGCUAAAAAAAGAUGACAUAAACCGAUGACAGCGGCACAAGGUUACCAAAAA